AUGACAUGUAGAAAAACCAUUCUCUUCUUCCUCAUAUCUAUUUUAUUCCAAAAUUCAAAAUCUGUUAAUUUUCUAGUGUAUUGCCCAUUAUUUGCACAUAGCCAUCACACAUUUCUUGCUAAAAUAGCAGAUACACUUUCCGAAGAAGGGCAUAAUGUGACAUUUCUUGCUCCGAUUAUAGUUCAAAAAUAUGAAAAUUUCAAAUAUCUAAAGCAUACUACUGAUAUAAUCUAUAUUCAACCCGAUGAAGAAUUGAAGAAACUUGGCGAAAUAAUGGGAUCUGCUGGAUUUUCUAAAUAUUGGACCGAGGAGCCAAGUGUGUUCUCGAUGAUUCCUUCAAUAAAAUUGUUUCAAAAAAUGUUUCAUAAAAUAUAUGAAAAUUUAAGAGCCGACUUAUCUAUUCUAGAUUCUCUGAAAGAUAGAAAGUUUGAUGCAAUGAUCUACGAAGUUUUGGCAUUUAAUGCUAUCGCAAUUCAACAAUAUCUGGGAAUCAAAACUCUGUAUCCAACAUUUUCCGUCACACAUGGAAUGGUAUUAAGUAAAUCAAUUGGAGAACCAGCAUCUCCUGCUACUCUUUCAAGUGCAUUAUCUCCAUACGGCGAAAAAAUGAAUUUUCAAGAAAGAUUGAUGAACACUGUAUGUGCUUUUAUCUAUCAAGUUUUUAUGAAGCCCCCAAAAAUGAUUUCAUACUCACAUCCAUACUAUGAAAUUGAUCUAAAGGAAGCUGAAUCCAAAGCGAGUUUUGUAUUUCUAAACUCAAAUCCUUAUUUGGAUUUCCCUCGUCCGAUGCUCACUAAAACAGUUUUGAUUGGUGGAAUUUCAGUAAAUACAUCUCAAAUUAGAGAAGAAAGACUAUCAGAUGAAUAUCACAAUAUUCUAAACAUAAGAGUGAAAACAGUUUUAAUCUCUUUUGGAUCAAUCAUGCUUUCAACAGACAUGCCAGAUAGAUACAAAUCAAUUAUUGUUAAAGUGAUUGAAGAAUUUCCAAAUGUAACAUUUAUUUGGAAAUACGAGUCCGAUGAACUAGAUUUUGCAAACAAUCUCAAAAACUUGCACUUUUUCAAAUGGAUUCCUCAGACGGCACUUUUAGCCGAUUCUCGUCUUUCUGCAUUUAUCACUCAUGCUGGAUUGGGAAGUAUAAAUGAAUUGAGUUACAUGGGUAAACCUGCAAUUCUUGUUCCAAUUUUUGCGGAUCAACUGAGAAAUGCAAAAAUGUUGGUUAGACAUAAUGGAUCUAUUUCACUCGAAAAACAAGAUUUGGGAAAUUUUGAAAAAUUGCGCGUGUCGUUAGCCAAAAUUUUAAAAGACAACAGUUUUCAAGAGAAUGCAGAAAUCUUGGCAAGACAACUCAACAAUCAACCCAUUUCUCCCCGUGAACUUCUCAUAAAACAUGCAACAUUUGGUGCAGAGUUCGGAGAGCUCCCUUCUUUGGAUCCGUAUUCACGACAAAUGUCGUUUUUUUCUCUCAAUAUGAUUGACAUUUUCCUGUUUUUAGGUGUAUUUUUGGCUAUUCUAGUUUAUUUUCUGUUCACUUUUUUACGACUAUUACUUAACUUGCUUCUAAAGAAAAAAGCGGUUGAAAAAUCACAAGAAAAUAGAAAAACGAAGUAA